AUGCGAACGCGCCUUCCGUCGCCCGUCCUCCCAUUCCUAUUCCUACUUAUCGUCCAUGCGCUCGAGACGACGGUCACGAGACGCUUUGAGCUCCAUGGCAAGAUAUUUAGCGUCUCGAUCCCACGCGGUGUCGAGCCGGUCGACGCCAUCGCAGCCUUUCGCCACGAGCACAACCUCUCGAUGGCGUUCCAGCACACGGCGCUCGAAGCCUUUUGCAGUGCGCUGCCUUGCACUCGGGCAGCACCGAUCGCGUUUUCGGCCAUGAUCACGGGCGACAACGGGGCUGCCAUCGGGCAGUUUGAGCUCCUCGACGGCGACGAGCCCGCGGACGCGAUCGCCGCGUUCUGUCGCCAGCACGCGCUCGGUGCCGACUUUCAACGGUACAUGAUUGCGUCGAUCUGUGCCCAAGCGUCCGUGAGAUGCGCGCGACACCGAGCUGUGGCCCUGCAGCAAGGUUUUACGGGUGACCACGGAUCGUCCCUUGGCGUGCUUACCAUCUAUGACGAUGAGGCACCUGCGGACGCGGUGUUUGCAUACCUCCAGCCGUGGUUUCCCGAGCGAAGCAGCCUCGAGAGCAUGCUGCAGCAAGUGCUUGGCUACGUGUGCAGUCGCUUGGCCUGCGACCGCACGAUUCCACGGCUCUUUCACCGCCACAUUGAAGGUCCUGAUAGCGUCGACCACGGUGUUCUCGACAUCUUCUACGGACAAGAACCCAUUGAUGUCAUUUCCGCCAUGCGCCCGCCACUCGGCCGCGACCUGCAGCUGUCGCUCCUUCAGACCGUGUGCGCCGAGCCUCUCGUUUCGCCAUAUUGCACCCGAGACCGUGUCCUCGUCUUCUCGGCGCCGGUGCAGUUUGAUGCGGACGGUCCGUCCAUUGCCGUGACGCUCUAUGACGGUGACGAGGUCGCCGACGUUAUCUUUGACCUCGGACGCCGCUACAACCUGACGAUGCCGAUGCGCCAUGGUCUCUUUGACGCACUCUGCAACCGCCCGCCGAUCACAUGCACGCGGGGCCGCGCCAAGCUGUACGACCGCCUCGUCACGGACGACCACGGCAAUGCAGUUGGAUCGGUCGUUGUACUGGACGGCGACGAGGCGGCCGACAACGUCUUUGCAUUUGCUGCCACCCACAACCUACCGCCCAGCUUUCGCGACGACUUGCUCAACCGCGUCUGUCACGACCUGCAUGCGUCCGUCAACGUCACGUGCACGCGCUGGGCGCCGCUGGUCGCAUCGAUCCCCAUCAAAAUGAACAUGUCGGACCCUAAGCCCCUCGGCUACGUGGACGUGCUCGAAGGGGACGAGCCGGUGGAUGCUGUCUACCGGUUUGGUGUGCAGCACAACCUCGGCGCGCAGGAGCAAGCGUCGAUCAAGGAUGGGAUUUGCAAUGCCUUGAACGUUCCGUGCACACGGGAGCGGAGUCUGGUGUACGUGGCGCCCAUCAAUGGGGAGCACGUUCCAUUCUACGGCGACGACGAGCCGGCCGACGUCGUGUAUUGGUAUGGGAAUCUGCGCAACUGGACUUUCUUCGAGCGCCAAGAGUGGCUCCACGCGCUCUGCCGCCUCGAACGCGCCGCGAUGCCGCUCCUCAACUGCACGCGGGCCGAAGCGCGCGUGUUCCACUUGCCCGUCAUGGAGACCGCGACCGAGAAGCUCGGCGACCUCGAUGUCUUUGAAGACCAAGAGCCCGUCGACGUUGUCUACGCGUUUCUCGACAAGCACGAUCUCUUCCAGACGGCGCCGAUCAACGAAACGCUGCUCAACCUCACGUGCACCCACGUGCCGUGCGCUCGUCUUCGGCCUCGGCGCAUUCUCUUCAGCCUCCAAGCCACGUAUGCGGGCUUGCCCCACAAGAUCGAGUACGUGCCGCCGGAGGACGACUGGGUCUGCACCGAGCUCUAUCCUGGCCAAAAGCGCUGCGAACACUACGUUCAAGUCCGUGCGACAGCGUAUUGCGCCAAGUACAUGUCGACGUGGGCAACUUGCCCUGACAUCAUUGGCGGCGCGCUGCGGUCGCACUUGGACGUGUACGAAGCGGCCAUGUGGCGUGGAAAGGACAUGUACGCCAAGCUCGGGCUCGUCAAAGGCGCCAGCAGCGACGAGAUCGAACACGCCUACCACAUCCGCGUCCUGCGCUACAACAAUGUGACCGAGCCGCAAAAGUACGAAAAGCUGCAAGCCGCGUACGACACGCUGCACGACCCCGUGAAGAAGUACUACUACGAUCUGCCGUGCAUGAAGUUCUUUGGUCUCUGCGGCAAGCGCCAGCCCGACGGCGGCAUCUCCAUCAGCGCCGACUAACUCGAUACGAUAAUACAUGUAUGGAUGUGUAUAGAGAG